UUAGUGUUUAGUGUCAGAUCUCGUUAAGAUGUCUCUUGGGAGAUCAAUGUCGUGCGCAUCGUCGUUAUCAUUAUCAACGCGUUCGGUUGUGACGUUUAUCGCGUUUAUUAGUUGCAUAUUUCUAAUUGUCAACGAUAUAGAAAAUGUGUCGUGUAUGUCAUUGGAUCGUUUAGGUAUCGAAAGAAAUGAAUUACUAGCAGAUAAUGUUGAGGAUUACAAUCCUAUUAAAACCGCAGUGUUAGUUGAUGACAUGGAACUAGAAGCAGUGCCAUCGGUUGGUAAUACGUAUAUGCUUGUGCCGGCCGGUAGUGCAAGUGAACGUGAAAGUGUUGAAAAAAAUAUUAUUGAAAGUGUGUCGGGCGGUGAAGAAGAAUUCUUUAAUCCAAACGAAAAUGCUGGUGAUAUGUUAAUGAUGGAAACGAAUGAUGCACCAGCUAUGCAAAUAGUGGAAUUACCAGUUAAUGUUGCUGCUGCAAUUGCUGAAGAACAAGUUCAAAAGGAAAAUGAAUUCUCAAAUGUUGAAAAUGAAAGUAUUAUGGAACCAGUUGUUAUGGAAGAAUUACAAGAAUCUGGUGAACCAAUUGCGUUAGUAAUGACAGACUCGUCAAUACAGGAAGCUAAUACAAAUGAGUUAGAAAAUAAUAAAAUGGAGGAAAUUGCAGAGAUAGUGCAAAAACUUGAUGAAUUACCAAAUGAAACUAUCGAACUAGCUGCAGAUAUGCCAAAUACAGAUAAAAUGGAAAGCAUAACUGUUGAAAAAGAACCGGAAACUAGUGCCAAUAUUGAAACAAUAUUGGAUGAAGGAAUUGAAAGUGCACCGGUAGAAAUUAUUGCUGUGCAAGAAAGCGCAAAUGAAAACUUAAGUGCGCCUAUGGAGACAUUUGAAACUGCAGAAUUAGUUGAAAGUACUUCACAAGAACAAAUUAAGCCAGAAAUACAGAUUCCUGUAGAAGUAGGAUUAGACUUAGAUAAUACAGAAAAUGCAGAAAAACAAGAAGAAAAUAAAUUAGUGCUUGAUACAUCUGCAGUUGUUGAAACCGAUGCAGCUAAACCAGAAGUGCUCUCAGAAGAAAUAGUAUUGAAUCUACCAGUUCAAUCUUUACCAGAAAAUGAAAUGGAAGAUAAAAUGGAAGAAAAUGUCAAGAACGAAGAAUUUGAAGUUGCUGAGACCAUUGCUAAGGCUGACGGACAAACUGUCACUGAUACAGUAGAAGAAGAAGAAAAGAAAAACCUUGAAGUACUUGAACAAGUUAUACAAGAUGUCGAAAAAGAAAUAGAUACAGCAUUAGAAAAUCAAGAAAAAUUAGAAAAUGAAUCUGUGUCUAAUGAAUCAAAAUUAGAAGAACCAUCAGUUGAAACUGCAGAAACAGUUGAAGAAGCAGCUAAAGAAACUGAAGAAGUAGCUAAAGAAACUGAAGAAAAUAAAGAAACUGAAGAAAAUAAAGAAAUGGACAUUGACAGUAAUGUAAAAGUAGAAAAUAAAGUUGAAGAAGCUGAUAAAACUGAAACUGAAGAAAAAACUGAAACUGAAGAAAAGAAUGAAACAAUGGAAAAAAUUGAAACUGAAGAAAAGAAUGAAAUAGUAGAAAAAGAUGAAACGGAAGAAAAAUCAGAAAUGGUAGAAACAAAUGAAACUGCAGAAAAAAAUGAAACACAAGAAAAUGCUGAAACGGAAGAAAAGUUUGAAACAAUGGAGGAAAAUAAAUUGAAUAUGGAUGAACCAAAAGAAAUAGAAUCUAUGCAAGUAGAAACUGUAAAUGUAGAAAACACAGCUGAUAAACAACUAACUGGUGAAAAAAAUGUUGAUAAAAUUGAGGAUGAAAUUGUUAAAGAAAAUGUAGAAGAAGAUAUAUUGAAAACAGAAGAAAUGAUAAAUACUGAAGAUAACAAAUCUGAAAUUGAAGAUGGAAGCCAACAAACAGAAAAUAUUUUUGAAACUCUGCAGAAUACUAAUUUAGAUGACAAUUUAAAACUAGAACCAACAAAUGAAGCUGCUGAAGAAAUGCAAAAUGAAAGUGUUUCACUUGUAGAGGAACCAGUACAACAACAAGAUAAAAUCGAAGAAGCUGAAACAGAUAAAGUUAAACUGGAAGAAACUGCACUAACACAGGAACCAGAUAAUAAAAUGGAACAAAAUAUUGCUCAAAACAUUCCAAAUAUUGCAGAAGAUGAGCAUAGUAUGUCUGAAAUGAUUAAAGAAGAAAUCAAAAAAGAAGAAAUUAAAGAAGAAGAAAUUAAAGACGCAGUAGAACAAGAAAUCGAUAUGCCAACAAAUCAAGAAUCAGAAAAAAUUGAAGUUAUUCCAGAACUUAAACCAGAUGCUGAAAUGGAGACCAUUAUGGAAAGUGAACCAAGUGAAGAAGAUGUAGAAAAAAUCAAAAUUGAAAGUGCGCCUUUAGCAGUAGAGAACUUAGAGACACUUAUUGAACAACAAGAUACUUCCGCUUCAGAUAUUCAACAACCAGCUCAAGUAGCUGAUAUGCAAUUGGACACUAAUACUUCCGCUCAACAAGAAGAAAAUAAUAAGAGUGAAGAAAUUUUAGAGCAAAUAGUCGGGGAAGUAUUAACUGAGAAAGAAACUGAAAAGGAAAUUGAAAAAAUUGCAGAAGAAAAUAACAAAGCUGAUAUUACACAAAUUCAAGAAGAAAAUGCAGAUGCAGAAAUGAGUGAUAUUUCAAUUGCUGCAAACAAUAAUGUUGAAAAUGUUGAAAUUACUGAUAACACAGAUACAAUGCAAAAUCCGGAAAAUGCAGUGUCUAUGCAGGAAACCCAGCCAAGUGAUAUGAAUGAACCCACUUCCAUAUUAACAACCAUUGUACAAGUACCUCAACAAGAAAAUGAACUAGUGCAACAACAACAAAUGCAAGCUCAAGUAUCUCAAGAAGAGCCCACGCAACCAUUACAAAAUGUUGUCGCUGAAUUAACCACAACUAAAUUGGAAAAUGAAAUGGAAACUGCAGCUACCCAACAAACGCAACCACAACCACAACCAGCUGCAGCAGAUGCAACAAUUGAAAGUAGCACUCAAAUGCCACUAAACGUCAUGGAUAGUGUGCUCAACUAUGUGAACGCCUCAUUUAUGCUACAAAAUAAUAAUAAACAGCAGCAGUUGCAAGAAUUGCAAAACAGCGAUGAGAUAUUUAAUUCGAAAUUAAGACGUUAUGAUGGUGCUCAAGUCUGGAGAAUUGUUGUGCAAAAUGAUUUCGACAAGAAAAUGGCAGAUGAGUUACAAACGAAAUACGAUGGACAACUAUGGAAGGAGGUCAAGCAAGAGGUUGACUACUUGUUGAAGCCACAAGUUUUGGCUGAAGCUGAGAAACAUAUUCGGGCAGCGAAUCUUUCGCGUAUUGUACUCAUUGAUAAUCUGCAAAAAGUCAUUGAAGUCGAAAAUCCACCAGCAGAUGAAAUCGCACAACUACAAAAUAGAAAGGGACAUCGUUUGACUUGGCAAGCCUAUCACCGCUUAGAUGAUAUACACGGUUUCUUCGACUAUUUGGCUAAGACUUAUCCUGAUAUUUGCACUGUCGAAACUAUUGGUUAUUCAAUUCAAAAACGUCCAUUGAAAAUAUUGAAAAUAUCGAAUGGCAAUGCAGGCAAUCCUGGUGUUUGGAUUGAUGGUGGCAUGCAUGCACGUGAAUGGAUAAGUCCUGCCGCAGUUACAUACAUCGCAAAUCAAAUUGUUGAAGGUUGGGAUGAUAUGCCAGCACAUAUGAAGAAUGUCAAUUGGCACAUACAUGCUGUUGCUAAUCCUGAUGGUUAUGAAUAUUCUCACACCACAGAUCGUUUGUGGCGUAAGAAUAUGCGUUCACAUGGUCGCAACUGUCCUGGCGUUGAUUUAAAUCGUAACUUUGGCUAUAAAUGGGGUGGUAAGGGUACCUCAGCUAAUCCAUGCUCACAAACAUACCGUGGCAGCAAAGCUUUCUCCGAACCAGAAACAUUCUAUAUUUCUAAAUAUAUAAGCAACUUCCCACGUAAUACAUUCCAAGCUUACUUAUCCUUCCACAGUUAUGGACAAUACAUAUUGUAUCCUUGGGGCUAUGAUUACCGUGUAACGAACGACAAAUCAGAUUUGGAUCGUGUAGCUAGACAAGCUGGCACUACAAUCACAAAGAGCACUGGUUUCAAAUACACAGUCGGUUCUUCUGCAACAACAUUAUACCCAGCUGCUGGUGGCUCGGAUGAUUGGGCUAAAGGUUUCGCAGGCAUUAAGUACGCAUACACCAUUGAAAUGGGUGACACUGGACGUUAUGGUUUCGUCUUGCCCGCAAGUUAUAUUGAACAAAACGGUAAAGAUGGUUUCACCUUCGUCGAAACUGUGGCACGCGCUGUGACAAAAACAAAGGACAGUCGACGACGUAAAAUACGUAGACGUAGUUAAAUUAGUUACAUAAAAAAUUUUAAUUAAUUUAAUUUAUUUAUUUAUUAUUUAAUUUAAUUAUUUAAAUGGUUUUGUCUGUUUUGUGUG